GUGUCAGCACACUUCAAUAAAACCGAGGUCCUCGACCCGUUUGCCGCCUCGCUUUUCUUGUAAGGUUAUUUGAUAUUCUGCUCUGGGAUUAUUUAAAGCAGCUGUCGCGGGCUGUUUUUUUUUUUUUCCAAUGCAGAAAUGUCGGGUCGUUUAAGAAGCAGACCGGCGGCGAACUCAGCCGACAAAAUCGAAGAAAAUGUCAACGAGAGAAUCCUAGCGGAAUGUUACGCGCUGUACGUCGAUCGCAAGAGCGGGCUGGUGAAGGCAGCUGACGCUCUGGGGCUCCCCCUGCUGGCUCCUCGGAAGAAGAUCAGCAUCAUGUUGAUGGGGAAUCACUCUGCUGGGAAGAGCUCCUUCAUUAACUGGUACGUGGGUGAGCAUAUCCAGAGGACGGGGGUUGCCAUAGAAACGCAGGGCUUCACCUUUGUGACCAGCGGGCGAAGGAGAGAGUCGCUGACGGGAAACGCGACGUUGCACCUCUACCAACACUUUCAAAAACUGGAAGAGAUCUCAGGUGUGUCGGACUACCUCUCUACGGAGAUCUCCACUUCCAGAGAGAAGAAGUUCGGUCUGGUCACCUUCAUCGACACCCCGGGGCUGGUGGACGGGGAUAUGAAGUACGAAUUCGACGUGGAGAGAGCCUUGCUCUGGCUAGGUGAGUCGAACCUGACCCCGAUGCAAAAGAGACGGGAGGGAACGAGACAGAACUGGGGUCAGUAUUGCGGACAAUGGUUAUGCUGGCUCUGUGAUCUGGGGAGUCCAGUAGUCCACCUGGACCACGAGGGCCUGGUGCUUGUGUUCUUUGAUCCGAUGGGCCAGGCACUGUGUAAGCGGACCCUGAACAUCGUGGAGCGACUGAGCGAGGAGAACGGAGAGAAGAUGAGGUUCUAUCUGAGCAAAGCAGAUGAAGCCGGAGACGAGAGCGACAGACAGAGAGUCAUGAUGCAGAUCGUGCAGGAGUUGUGUAAGAGACCAGGACUGAACAAGUGUGGCUUCGACAUGCCCACGAUAUACAUCCCUGACCCGGCUAAGCCGAGCCGCUGUCUCAAUCAGAUUGACGGGGUGUGCGGGACGAUCGAGAAGAUCAUCGACCAGACGGUGCAGAGCUCUCUCAAUCACCUGGAGCGAGAUAGUGACAUCAUCGCAGAGAGCGUGGAGCGCAGGCUGAAGGAGGACAGUUACAAGGCAACAGUGAACAGGAAGAUACGGAUUAAGCACUUCCUGUUUGGUUGCCUGGGUUACCUACUGCCUCUGUGUUUCCUGGCCAGCUUUGUGAUUGGCUGUUUCCCUGACGACAGCCUGACUGACAUGGCAGGGCCUGAUGUAGCACACGCCCUCCAUGUGUAUACCGAGGUUGUGUCCGUGCUGUGGGGCUGGCUGGCUUGGGACAGUUCCCUCUGGGGAGUGUUCGUGAUCCUGGGCUCCUCAGGGCUGUUUCUCCUACUGGCACGGUUGUACAGCAGAACUGAACCCACUCUCUCUCGCAGACAGAAGCGAUAUCUCAGAGAGACGCACGCUUUCAUUCAGGAGGUGGUAAAACCCAGAAAGGCGGAGUUGUAUGACCUCUAUCUGCGUCAGUGCAUAUCGGAUUACGACGUCAGCUAAAACGCUUUCUUGCAAAAUUUCAAAUUUCAAAGCUAAUAAAGACAAUCGAAUGCAAAUUAA